AGAUAUCCAUGAAAAAAAUCGUACGCAUGACAAAGUCUGAACCAGAAGUCGCCGCCCAAUUUACGUCAUCACAAUGCGUCCACAACACAUCGCCUCUGUCAGGUCUUCACAUUUCACACCCUGAAGAAUCUAACUGAGCUGCCUCUCAAACAAGACCAGGACAUUUUUGCAUUUUUUUGGAGAUCCAAAGCUAUGCUGGCAAAAACAGAAGAAAGGAAGCCUCAGAAAGGUGGAGGAAAGAAGAGGAGACACCCCGGUGAAGAUGGAGAAGGAGGAGAGAGGAAGAGGAGGGGAGGCAAAGAGGGAGAAAAGGGUCAGGGAGAAGGUGGCAGGAAGCGUCUGGACGCACUGAGUGUCGGUUAUUUCCGCCGAGUCGGGGAAAGACUCAGUGAAGGCUUUGAGGAUAAUGAGGAGAGAGAGAUGUUUGUGGAGAAUGUCCUCAUAGAAGUUAAAGGUAAAGCAGCCCUGGUGGCGUUGGACCAGACUGGAAGCAUCACUCUGCAGCGGCUGCUCCCGCUGUCCAGUCCUGACCAGGUGGGGGAGGUGCUGGCUGAACUGGGGGGAGAAACGGGGUCCGACUUCAAGACGGUUUCUUGUGACCGGUGCGGCGGUCACGUAGUGGAGAGUGCCGUCAGACAGAUGUCCAAGUGGACAGAGUCCUCACAGAAGGAGUCGUCUGCUACCACAGAGGAAGAAGAAGAGGAAAGCUGUGGAGUGUUGGAGGCUCAGGUGUUGUCUUUAAGCCAGGUGGUGAGAGACAACUGUGCGGAGUUCAUCAAACAUAUUCAUGGCUCACACGUGGUGCGCACACUCCUUCAUGUGCUGGCGGGUUGUGUCGGACCGCCACGAACCGAGUCUCGUCCAGGUGCAAAAGAACGUAACAUUGCUCCCCAGCUGACAGACAUUGAGAUUCCGACAUCGUUUUGGUACGAGCUCAAAAAUCUCACAGACACCUUGAUGGACUACAUUAAUCUAAGUGUGACGGAUGCCAUUUCCAGCGCAGUGUUCCAGACCAUGUUGACCACGUGUCACAGGAAACGGCCCAAACUCUGCAAACAGCUCCUCAAACGCAUCAUGGAGUAUCUGACAAGCCGCAACGCUGCUCCGGGAGUGAGUCCCCUCCUGGUCUUUCUCAAGGACCAGGCCGCCAGCCGCCUCAUUGAGACCAUCAUCCAGCUGUCCCCCAAGUCCCUGCUCCGCGACCUCUACAAGAACCACCUCAAGGGUCACCUGGUUGACUUAGCCCUCCAUCCCAUCGCCAACUUCCCCAUCCAGAGGCUAACAGCAGCCUCAGCCAAAUACAAAGUGUUCUCGAGGCUGUUUGAUGAGCUGAUCCAAGGUCUGGAGGCCAUCUUGGCCGCAGGUCACAUGGGUGUGAUCGUCCAGCUGGCAGAGAGCUGUGCAGAGAACGAGGAGAAACAGGAAGAGAUGAUGCAGUGCCUCCUGCGUGCGUUCCACUGCGCUGAGCCUGGCUCCCGACAUGUCAGCUGUCUCCCGCUCUUCAUGUCCCUGCUCGCCUAUGAGGUGUACUACCACUCUGACACAGCAGAGGGCAACACACAGACGGAGGUCCCGCUAUCCUCUAUCUGUUACCACGGCUCCCGGCUGGUCCAGGCUCUGGCCCGCUUCAAGGAGCGCUCGAUCCUCCUGAGCAGCCUGCGCACCCUGACCCCCGCUGACCUCCUGACGCUGGCCACUGACCCCGCAGGCAGCCACGUCCUCCAGGCCCUCAUCACCACAUCAAGCGACAAAGGAAGAGGCAAGAUCCUCAAAAGACUGGAGGGUCAGUAUGUUCAAAUGGCCUGCUCCAGGUUAGGUAGUCGGGUCCUGGAAGCCAUAUGGAACAGUGCCUCAGUCAAUCACAGGCAAAGCAUCGCACUGGAACUAGUAUUGAGUGAAAGCCAGCUGAGGUCAGACCAGUUCGCUCGCCACGUCUGGGCCAAAUUCGCCCUCUCCCACUUCAUGCACAGAAGAGCCCACUGGCAGGAAAUCCAGACCGGCGAGUCUAAGAAGCGGAAACUCUUCAGUGACAUUCUUGAGUAGAAUAAAUAUAUAUUUAAAUAGUUCGUAAGUGUUGUUUCUGAUAUGUAAUUUGAUAAAAACAAUAAAGGAAAAAAUUAUUCCUUCA